UUCAUAUCUGCAACAGACACCGGGACCCCCCUCAAGUCGUCCCUUCCUUUUCUCGCAACCCCCUCCUCUCCUCUCCGUUCUCCACUCACCACUCACCAGGCUCCAGCAGUUGAAUAAAUAAAUAAUCUGCUAUCUUGCUCUCGAUCACUCCAACUCUGCAAAGAGCGUUUGCUUUUGCUGGUAGUCCCUCCCAGUUUUAGUUUAUAAGACGAGUUCAAGAGGAGUUACAGUCCAGUAGUCAUAUCUUGAACAAGAGUCACAGCAGCGGCUUUGCUUCUCUUUUGUUCUCUAGCAUCUGUCCAUGAUUGUUCAUGGGGGGUGGGGAGGUGCUGGCAUGGACUUUUGGGCAUUUACUGAUCCCCUCAUUCUCAAGAUGCAUGCAGCAAGUCGAGAACUGGAGGUGGCGAUAAAUGCCUCAACAAGUCAAGAGGAGAGAGAAACCUGCAGCGUCUGUUCAGCAUCUUUUUUUGCUUGUUUGCAUUUAUUAUUUCGACGUCUGUAAGGGAGUGAGACAUCCGAGGUUCUAGAGGAGACGCAUUGCAGCACAAGGCUUGGGGAGAAUUGAGUUUUUAGUUUCUCUUUUUGGUCGUGGCGCGGGGACAUGAAGAGCGGCACCGCCUCCGCGCCCAGCGGCGGCGGCGGCGGCCUGGCGAUCACCGAGCGGCAGAAGCCGGCGCCGUCGCGCGUGGCGGCGCUGUUCCAGAUGUUCGCCAAGAGGAAGCUCUUCUCCUCGUCCUCCAAGAAGAGCAAGCUGCUGCCCCCAGUGCGCGCGCACAAGUUCUCUCCUGGGAGACCGCUGGCCGGCGGCGACAAGACGAGGCCCCUUCUGAUUGAUUCUGCAGAUUACUCAAGAAGCAGAACUGAAUGCAACGGCACCAGUCACUACCCACAGCCACAACCUGGCCAAGACAGAAACUGCAGCGAGAAUGGAAUGCGUGCUCCCGGGGUGGUUGCCCGGCUGAUGGGUCUGAGCUCGAUGCCGGCUGCUGCGAGCCAUCAACGGCAGACCAGAGCCACCACAAACUCCCCUGAACCCGGUGACCACUGGAAUUCAGGCCGUCAAGAUCGGUCUGGUUCGUCUCGUGGCAUAUACACAUCACCUCAGCAGCAGCAGCAGCAGAAGACAAGGCAGCAGCCCGUAGACGAUCGGCACCAUGGCAAUGCAGGUCAGUUCAGUGCUCCAGAUACACGGCCAUUGUGGCCACGAAGGCAUGCACACAGAGCAGCCUCGCCUGUCAAGAGCCCAAGGUCAUUGUCAAGCAGGAACAGGGCUCGGCUGAUCGAAGCAGCGGUCAGGGUUCUGGAGCCUGGUUUGCAGUCCAGGAACCGCCGUCUCUCUAAGAGGCAUGCGUAUCUGGAAUACCCAUGCAGCAACGGUGAUGGUGCGCCCAGUUCUGCUGCUGCUGCUGCUGUCCGACAUAAUGUCUCCGAUCAGUUCUUGAGAAAUAUUUGUGAUGCUGACAUACCGGCAUCAGGUGCUCACAAUCUAGGAGCUGCCUCUCUGCACAACUCUAUUUCUAAUCGGAGGACUGAAGAAGAUACUUGUAAGAAGAGCAUUCCACCGAGUAGGAGGUCAGACCAGAGCACAUCAUGUCAGUUGCAACCUGAGUACUUGCUCAUCGGCUCAACUGAGAAGGCCGCUGGAUUCGCUGAUACAAACCAAGACGCACCGAGAGAACAGCUGAAGAGCAACAUAUCCCGGGACAGUGCUCCUCGUGGCCCUCUCAAGCAAAACAACCUGAAGCAGAAUGCACUGCCCGCGGCAGAUCCAGGGUGUGUGAUACAAAGCAAGAAGCAUGGAAGCGGGGAGCGAAACGUGAGAAACAGAACCCAGGACUUCGUUUCUCUGAACAAAAGGAUGGAUGGCAGUGCGUCUUUGAGGUCGAAAAGAAAGGCGCUUGAUAGAUUCGGCGAGCCACGUUGUAGUGCAGAGGACAGGAACAUGAUGAGCACGAAAGGUUGCCGAGCCAGCAGCCUUCAUGGUGGAACCUCUAACAAGCUGGAGCUGAGGACUGGAACACCAAAAGCUAUGGUAACUGCAAAAGGAGCAGGGUUAAUCAGCGAGAAGCCGAAGCCUGCCAGUCCAAACCGUGCAAGAAGUGGUUUACAGAGACAGACAGUGCCACACAACGUUUCAAGGGCUAACAAAGAACCAGGCACCAUCUCUCUCACUUCCGGUUCACCGGUGAAAGCUGCGCGUGGUGACAGUGCUAGUGGAACUGGAGCUGGUACCGCUGUUCAAGUUGAUAGUUGCCCUGAGAGACGCUCUCGUAGAGACUGUCAGAAGACGUGUCCUCAAGGAGAGAUAGUUUUCUGGGAAGAUUUGAAGCGCACAUCAAAUCCGUCGCACACUGAACCCGGGUUCUCCAGCCAAGAUGAAGUGAAGAAUAGAGUGAUUCUUGGUGGUACAGCAGCCUCUUCUUUGUCUGGGAAGAAGAGUGGUGGCCAAGUUACAGAGGAAUCCUUAAGUGAGGGACUGCUCAGGCAGCGCAACUCGCUGGACUGUGCGGUUUACGACAACAAAGACCCUUAUGAAGUGGCUAGCUUGCGUGGAACUCGUAAGAAGAAACAUGCGGCUGGUGCAAAAGGUAGCAAGCCAUCUCCAUCUCCAUGUAUAUCCAGUCCUACAUCUACUCCUCACUCUGGACAUGCUGGUGAUGCCUGCGUUCCUGGUAUUCCACGCCGUACUGCAGCAGAAGCUACCUCCACCACCAGCCAUCCAUGGCAAGAUACAGCUGCCGAGAGAAACCCCAGAGGCGGCGAUCCUAACAACUCUGGCCAACAUGGCGUCCAAUUUCAGACAUCUGAACCCCACGCUGGGGAGGCUACGAUCACAACAUCUGUCGAACUGCUGCUAGCAAACGUCCGCGCGUCCACUACUCCACGUAAACCAGAGGAAUCACCCAAGGCGUUCCUUCUCCGGACGACCGAGCGCGCUCUCGCCGCCUUGACGGCCGGCUCCAAGCAGGGCUUCGGCAGCACCGCCAUCGAGGGCAAGGGAGCGAGCCCGCUGAGGAACCUCGCGCUCGACUGCGUCUGGGACUGCCUGGACUCGACGUGCUCUCGGCUCUGCGACUCCGGCUACAGGUCGUUCUCGGAGCUGCUCGCUCUGGUCUGCACCGAGAAGAGGCUUGCGGACAGGGUCGGGAAGGAGGUCGCGAGGUGCUGUGGCGCGGCUGGGAAGGGCUUAGACGAGCUGGCCGUGGGCGAGGUGGAGCGCGCCGUGGAGGCCGGCAUGGGUUCUUCCAUGCUCGAAGCGGUUCAGAUCGGGGCCCAGAUUGAGCAGGAUCUGGUCCAGGACCUAAUAGAUGAAAUUGGAGCAGAUGUGUUCAGGCGUUGGUGACUAAAUAUAUUUCUGUAACAGUGUAACAUGAAGACAUAUAAAUCUGGUAAAAUUGGAUCCAUACCAUUAAAAGAUCCCAUCUAUAGCUAUGUACCAUCAAAAGAUUGAUGUAUUGAAAUAUACCAUUAAAAGAUAGCACUUCAUAGCUGUUUA